AUGGAAACUAUGUCUAGGAGUUGGGUUGGAAGUUCAAGGGAUGCAUCUUUCAGGUUGUCUUCACAAUAUAGACUUGAGGUCGACAAAUUCAUAGAAUAUGCAUUUUCUAGUGCAUCCAUAGGGGAUCAGAUCUUAUGCCCAUGUGUAAAGUGUGUAAAUCAACUGUGGAUGAAUAGAAAUGAAGUGUUAGAACAUUUGAUUUGUGAUGGAAUUUUAUGGAAUUAUACAAAAUGGAUUUUCCAUGGGGAAGGUACAUCAUCACAAUCACAUCACCAUGUUAACUCUAUAGUACAAGGUGAAAGUGAAACAAAUGAUGUUACACACACCAUAUUAGAUGAGCUGCGGGGAAGAAAUACAAAUGAAGAAGUUGAAGAUUGUGAUAUAAAUGAUCGUACCAAUGGGGCAAGUAUAGAGGCAGAUAAAUUUGAGCGAUUGAUUGAAGACGCAGGAAAGGAGUUGUAUCCAGGGUGUGUAAAAUUUACAAGAUUGUCCUUCAUUCUUCGUCUUUAUCAUAUAAAGUGCCUCUGUAAAAUGACCGACAAAGCAUUAUCAAUGCUUUUAGACUUAUUACAAGAGGCACUUCCUGAGCCAAAUACGUUGCCAAAGAAUAUAUACGAAACAAAAAAAAUUAUCAAGGAUUUGGGGCUCAAUUAUAACAAGAUUGAUGUUUGCCGAAAUGAUUGUAUGUUAUAUUGGAAGGAAGCAGACAAAGCCACGUCUUGUUACAAAUGUGGCACAUCAAGAUAUGAAUCUGAGGACAAGAAAAUCCCGGCUAAGACAUUACGGCAUUUUCCUUUGAUCCCAAGAUUGCAAAGGUUGUACAUGUCAUCUAAAACCUCAUUAAAUAUGAGAUGGCAUCACGAUGAUCGUAUAGAUGACCAAAGGCUACGACACCCAGCUGACGGGCAAGCAUGA